GAUUAUCAUCUGCGGUUGUGGUUAACCGUCAUAGGCAAUCAAGGCUGAGAGAGUGAGUUGGAGAAUGGCGUCUCAACUUUCGUUCCCUUCCCCCUCCGCUCUCCGCCGGUUCUACUCACACUCCACUCCUUCAUCUUCAAAGAACUCCAAUCAGAAAUCAGUGAAAUGUAGCUUGGAUAAGGAGGGUAGUUCUUCGGAUUUUUCAGACCACUCAGAGCAACCCAUAAACAAAAAGGAGCUUCAAAUGAAAACUUCAAGACGUGUGUGCCUGACUUGCCUCUGUUCAGCUGUAGCUUUGAUUAGUCCAUCUGCCAACCCUUUAUCUGAACUAAAAACAAUUGCCUCAGAUGGAAAAGAAAGAGCUGUGUGCCGGAAUUGUGGUGGUAGUGGUGCAAUAAUUUGUGAUAUGUGUGGUGGUACGGGAAAAUGGAAGGCUUUAAACAGAAAGAGGGCCAAGGAUGUAUACGAGUUCACUGAAUGCCCAAAUUGUUAUGGACGAGGAAAACUUGUAUGUCCAGUGUGUUUGGGAACUGGUCUACCAAACAACAAAGGUCUUCUUAGGCGGCCGGACGCACGGAAAUUGCUUGACAAAAUGUACAAUGGCCGCAUACUACCAAACUCUUAGCAGUGUUUAAUAUGCUCUAGAGAGUAAACCCUAUGAGUCUUCAACAAGACGGAAGUGCAGUGAUUACUAGUCUUGGAAAUGCUCCAUACAAGAAUGGCGUGUAAUGUAAUUUUGCGCUACAACUGGGCCAAUCUGCGUGCAUACUGCAUUGCAUCGACUAAAUUUUGUAGUUGUAAUCUUUUCGCUGCUGCUGCUGCUGCUGCAGUGCUAUGAUCCAGCGAUUAAAGAAAACACGUUUGAUACCAGCUAGCUAGCUGGUGUAUGUUGAUAAGAGCUGGUAUACUUGUUGGUAUGAACAAAUGUUGUAAACCAUCUGGACAUUUUGUUUACAGACUCGAGCAAUCGUUUUGUUGUUAGAGAAUGUACAUCAUUACUGUGAUAAUUAUUCAUUGGUAACUAAGUACUUAUUGUAAUGUUCAAUGCCUUUCCUGAAGUAGUCAGGUAGAUACCACUUCUGAAUCAUUUUUCCAAGCCAUACAAUUAUAUGAACAGAGUUUCAUAUUAUGUUAA